AUGCUGAAACCACAACGCCGUCUUCCAACCUUCGCCAGUGCGCCUCAGCUACAGGUUCUGGAGUCUGCGUUCCUCUCGAAGAAUCGUCUGGACGAAGAGGAUAAAUACCGCCUUGCUUGCGAAACUGGCCUCAACCCCGGUUGGAUAAAUGAUUGGUUCACUAGGCGGAGAAAGAAGAAACGAACAAAUUCGCCGGCCAAGACCAAUGGCGAGACUGGGAAGAAUAAGCGAAGGCGGGUUGCAGGACCGGAUGCUGGUUUUCCGCGAAUUUGUGCCGACGCCAGCCUCGACCACCAAGAAAACACCCCGCCCUCCGCCGGCAUUGUACCUAUAGGCGGUCUUAAGAUGGAGUUCUUGCGUUACAUGCCUGUUUCGUCCCUGCCUUCUUCCUCGAGGCAGUCCUCAAUCUCUGCGGGGGGAACGGAUUCCGGAAUAUCCGAAUGUAGUACACCCGCAAACGAGCCUAAUGUCUUGAUUAGCAACGAAGCGAGCGUCGACUCACUCCCAAGUGGCGGCACCCUCUCGUCUGAAUCGCCAAGCACUGGUCUGAGCGGCAACACACCUGCUCUGACUCCGGAUUUAGGCUCAAGUGAGCUACACGACUCUUCAAGGUCUUUGUCUCAGUCUCCGUCUCUUGGCUACAUACCCGCGACUUUCCCUUCUUUCUCCGCGCAUCCUGGUACCCAACCGGGCGACCCCAAGGCGCACUUCGAAGGAACACAAAAUGCACCUCUCAGCCUACCGGUAAUCCAACCGGACCCUACAGUCUUUGAUACUGGCGGUAGCCUGGAUCUCUCCGAAGAAUUCAGAGCUUCCAGUGUAUUUACCCAACUCACCCAAAACACCAUUCUCACUCCACCCCGGCCCGACUCAGCCUUCAACACCCAUCAUAGCUCUCAGCAGUUCUAUCCCUCUCGGCUCUGCGACCUUUCAUAUGGUCUUGGAUUCUCCUCUGGCGGAUUGCAAACACAUUCAAGCUCGAUGUCGUUAAAUGGCUCGUUCGGUCCUCAAGCUUCUCGUCCUGUGCCGUUGUCCUUUAGAGUUCGACUCAGCGAUUUGAACGCUUACCACCAGGCCAUUCUUGAAUUGAACCUUCUCCGCAACUCUGGCAAUCUAAACGCAAACGAAGUGGCGAGUAUGGUGUCUUCAGAGCCUUUACCCCCUUCCCUUAGAGGUGCCGUCACCAGCCAGCGCAAAAUCAUACAACGCAGAAACGGCCCCCACCAGUCACCUCGAAGCAAACCUGAAGCAAACCAACGUACAGCGGUCCGCUGGAGAGUAGCCUGUUACUUCUUUCUUCCGUCGCAAACCCAUAAAUGUUAG